UCAACCCUUGAAAAUAACCGGAUUCCGGUUUAGUCGCAGCUUAAAUAUAAUUGAUAAAUUUAACCGUACGAUAAUUGCAGGCUUCGUCAUCUUCAAUGAACGAGAUCUGUCCUAAGUCCUAACACUUGAACCUCGACUCGAUUUCGAUUCACCCAGAGAGAAACCAUGGGGUUCUGGACACUGAUGGAAGGACUGCUGCUAUUUGCAAACGCACUUGCUAUCCUCAACGAAGACCGUUUUCUAGCUCCAAAAGGAUGGACACUCGCCGAGCUACACCAAACCGGCAAAAGAAACUCUCUCAAAGGCCAAAUCGUUGGUCUCAUCCACGCCUGCCAGUACAUGAGGCUUCCCCUCAUGCUCUUCAACUUAAUUGUCAUCGUCUUUAAACUCUUCUCCGGUUAAAGAAACCAAGUCAGAACUAGCACUUUGUUGUUGAUGCAUCUUAAACAAAAAUUUUAAAUCAAAAGCUCGCAUUGUAUACAUUAUUGUUCUUUUACUACAAAGACAGAGUGGAACAACAUGUUGUUGAGACCAAAAGCUAUGAACUUUUGGUUUAUGGUUU